AUGUCUGAGUACCUGGAAACUACAAAUGAUGAGAUUAUCAUUACAGAGAUCACGGAGAGUAUUCCUUCUCAACAAAAGGUAUUAACUGAUGUUGACAACGCGGAAGCUAUCAACACGGUAACAACAACGUCUAUUACUGCCGCUGUGACUACAACGACGACGCUAGUAGAAACCCCAAGCUUGCCACAAACUUCUGAAUCGAAAGACAAUAAGCUCUCAGCUAGUGAUAAAUAUGACGAAGACUUUCCUUCUCUCUCCACUUCCACUUCCGCACCCGCACCGAAACCGCCUGUACUGUCUAUACGAAAAACGGGAAUUAUUACAGAUGUUUUGGAAUUUCCUGCGUCUCAGCAGAACAGAACAAAGGAAUUUGGAAACAAAGCGCCUACCAUCGAUAUCGUUAAAAGAAUUAAAGAGAGGACCAAUACACAGAUCGAAAUGUCAACGGCAAUGAGAACAGGAAUGACGACAUUCUUGAUCAUGGGAAAAGUAGAAGAUGUACAAAGGGCGAAACGAGAGUUGAAGACUGCUUUGGCCGUUAAGACUGAAUUAAUAAUCAAAGUGCCAGCCUCUGUUCGGAGACACAUUUUCGGUCCAGGAGGAAGUACAUUGAAAUCGAUUAUAUCUCGUACUGGCACUCGAAUUCAACUGCCAAAGAGAGAUACCAUCGAAGAAAAGGUCGAGGGAAUUGAUGAGGAAGAAGAAAUGAUGGAUAUAAGAAUCGAGGGCGAUAAGGAAGGUGUCGGGAUGGCCAAGGCCGAGAUUGAGACUAUUGUCGUUGAAAAGACUCCUAAGCGCGUUCAAAAAAUAAGUCACAUACAACAUUACUUUUACCCUCUCAUCGCUGGUGCCCACAACCAUAGUGUUCAACAAAUAGCUCUUCAAACAGAUACCAAAAUUCACAUCCCUACUUACGUUGCUGCUCUUGACGCGGCCGAGAAUAACGAGAGCGGACAAAAGGAUGGACAUAUUACAGUCAUCGGCAACGCGGAAAACGUAAAACAGGCCUGUGAAAGGAUCGAAGAUGUUUACAACGAAUUAAAAGUAACAACAAGAACUUUAACUGUGGAUAUUCCAAAACGUCAGCACAAAUAUUUAAUCGGACCCAAAGGAGCGAAUUUGCAAGAAAUUCUUGAAGUCACUGGGUGUUCUUUGGAAUUAGCUCCCGUUUCGGAUCCAAACGAAGUUGUGACUAUACGUGGACCGGCUGCUAAACUUUCUGAAGCGACCAAAUUAGUCAUGGAUAAAGCUAGUUCUAUAAACGUCGAAAUUUUGGAUAUCACAAAUAUCCAUAAAGCGGAAAAUCCCUUAGAGCACGCUAAGAAUGUCUUAAAGUAUCUUUGGAAUAGAGGCAAAUUGCGCAAGAUUGAAGGAGAUUCGGGUAAUUUACAGAUUAUUGUGCCGAAAGGAGGCACUUUGAAUAAUUCUGUAAUAUUUGAAUUUGUGGGAAAAUCCCCAGACAUCGUGGAAAAGGCCAGGAAGGAGGUUUUGGAGCUCGUAAAAAACCUGCCGCCAAGUUACUUUGACACAGUUGCGGUAGACCCGUUAUUACAUCGACACAUCAUUGGUCGCAAAGGUCAAAAUCUACAACGCGUGAAGGAAACUUAUGGUGUUGAGAUAAUUGUGCCAGGAGAGAAGGACGAAUCGCCUGAUAUCAUUAUUGUCUAUGAGGAUAAAGUUCCUUCCUCUUCUCAACCUGCCAAUCCUGAAAAAAAGAAAGAAGUUUUGGUCAAAGAAACGCUUGAACAGGCCAAGAACGAACUCAUCAAGGCUGCUCAGGAUGCCUCGGAUUUUGCAACGCAAUCGUUAACUAUUCCUGUUAAAUAUCAUCGUCAUAUUAUCGGUCCGAAAGGUACAACCUUGAAUAAAAUUACAGGCGGAGUGGAUACACCCGUAUCGGUAAAGUUUGGGUCGCUGAGGACGGGGGCGGCUGAGAGAUCUGCCUCGGCCGAAGGCAAGAGAGUUGCUAAUAUGCAGCCUUCAGAUGACCUUGUUAUUAUAAAGGGACCGACGGAAGAAGUGGAGAGGGUUGUAGCGGAGAUUGAAAGAGUCGUUAAGGAUGCAGAGUUUAUAGAGGCUAGGAAUUCAUAUACUGCUACAUUUACUCUUCCAUCUCAGUAUUCUGCUCACAUAAUUGGCAAAGGCGGAGCAACCAUAACACGGCUUAAAGAUAUGCACAAUGUUAAAAUUGAAAUUGAUGGUCCGCAAAAAGCUUCAAAUGAUGCGAAUGCCGACAAUGCCAAGGUCCAUAAAAGAAAAGAAGCUGAUAAAAACCAUUCCUCCGAUGAGGUAAAAGUUACCAUUCUAGGAACCGAAAGAAACGUUGAAGAAGCUAAAGAGAAGAUUCUCGACUUGAUUGAUAAAAUCAAAAACGAAACAACUCUUAAUCUUGUCAUUCCUGCGGAAUACCAUAAAUCUCUUAUUGGAAGAAAUGGGGUAUAUGUUAAAAGGUUAGAGGAGAAGUAUGGCGUCCAUAUUCGAUUUCCGUGGAAUAAAGCAGGAGACGAAGAUGGCAAUAACCAUGAUGGACAGAAGCCUAACGAGGUUAUUAUUAGAGGUGGUAAGAAGGGUGUAAAAAACGCCUCAGACGAGAUAAUGGAGUUGUUCGAAUACGAGAGAGAUCACAACAAUUCCGUCAGCUUUACCAUUCCAGCGAAAAGCCUUUCUUAUAUACUUGGCCGCAAAGGGCAACGAAUUACAGAAAUCAAAAAUGAUACAUUUAGUCGUAUCGAGUUUGGGAGUCCGCAGCCAGAUCCUUCCACUGAAGAAGAAGUUAUUGAAGUCAAGGUUUUCGGUACAUUGUCAGACAUUCAGAGAGCUCGAGACAUUAUACAAUCGCUUGUCAAAGACCUUGGUAGCCAAAAGACAGUAACGAUGCACAUAGACCAGAGCUAUCACGGAUACUUGAUCGGACCAUCGGGGAGUAGGAUUAAAGAAAUUGUUGCGAGGGCCAGCGAACCAGAGAAUAAGUAUAAGCCCGUCCAGGCUAACGUUGUGAAAUUUCCAAAGCCGUGGGAGCAGAGCGACGAGGUUAUAUUGUCAGGUGAAAUAGGGCUUGUUGAAAGAAUACAGGAACAGUUGGAGAAAUUAAUUCUCGGUCGCAUGGUAGACGUAAUCCAAAUUCCACGUGCAGAACACUCGUCAAUAAUUGGUCGCAGCGGUAAGUCUCUAAAAGAAUUGCAGAGCCAUUACAACGUUGAAAUCUACUUCCCUGGCUCCCGAUCGUAUGACGAUGUUAAGCUACCGAGCGAUUGGGAAGAUCGUGGUAUUAUCAAGGAAGAGUUGGUGAAGAUUAUUGGGCAAAAAGAGGAUAUCAUAUGCGCUAAGGCAGAAAUUAUGUCUCGCAUGCGUUAUACAUCAACCGUCCCCAUUCCGCUCAAAUACUAUCGCAUUUUGUCAUCAGACGGAUCACUGCGCAGAAUUCACUACGACUUUAACAUCAUGGUCGAUCAUGAAAAUUUGUCUGAAACUCAACGUGCAAACGGUAAACCCAAAAGAAUAGACGAUGAUGACGAGCAAGAAUUUGAUGGAGAAUUGAAAAUGGAAGUAGUUGAAUAUGGCAAGGAAGAUGAAGGAGAAGAAGUUCGGAUGCACUUGAAAGGUGAUAAGAAGCAGGUUGAAGCAGCGGAGAAGCAUUUGGAUGAAUUGUUACAAGGAGCGUCUGCUUAUACUCAUACUGGCUACAUAACAAUUCCUCAAUACUUCCAUCGACACAUAAUCGGCCGUGAUGGAAUCACAAUAACAAGUAUCCGGUCGGAGAGCGGGUGUCUUAUUAACGUACCCAAGGAUAAUGGCCAAGUUGUCUUAAUUGGAACUGCCGAGAGCAUUGAGAAGGCAAGGAAGCGUAUACAAGAAAUUGUUUCGCGUGCUGUUAAGACAAGCUAG